CAAAAGGACCAAAAAGCAAAAAUCAGAUUCUUCACUUUAGUUAAUCAAAUGCUUAACUUGAGCUCAAAUCAACCAAAAAAAUCAACCUUAAUUCACAAAAAUCAUCCUAAAUUAAAUAAAUAAAAUCAUAUCAAUGGCUAAUAACAUUUCCUUUUACUCAAUCUCCAUCAUAUACAUUUCACUACUCUUCACAUUAACACAUGCCAAAUGCAGAACCUCAUGCGGCGAAAUCCCGAUCAACUACCCAUUCGGGAUAGACGACGGCUGCGGCAGCCCUUACUACAGGCACAUCCUCGUAUGCUCCGAAACGGGCGGGUCGGCCCGUCUCAAGAUUCGGACGCCGUCGGGUCGGUACCCUAUCCUUAAUGUGAGCUAUUCGGAUCCCCAUCUUCUCGUCUCGGAUCCAUCCAUGUGGACUUGUCGAGAUGGUGAUGAUUUUCGGCCCGUGUCGAGGCCUUUCAGCCUCGACACGAGCACUCAUUUUAGGCUAUCGCCGCAAAACGACUACUUGUUCUUUAAUUGUAGCCGAGAUGAUGUCAUCAUGGAGGCCAGGCCUGUUUUCUGCGAUCGAUUUCCCGAGCAGUGCGACUCCACGUGCGACACCUCGAGUUUUCUCUGCAGGCACUUGCCGGAGUGCGACUCGUCGGUGUUGAGUGGGAGGUCGUGUUGCUCGUACUAUCCGAAACGGAGCGAGUCGUUGAGGAUGAUGUUGAAGCAUUGUGCCACAUACGCCAGUGUUUAUUGGAGAAAUCUCGGUAUAACCCCGGCGUUUAAUCAAAUACCGGAAUACGGAAUUAGGGUAGAUUUCGAUAUUCCGGUGACGACACGGUGCCUUUGGUGCGAAGAUGGCCGGAAAGGAGGAGGGACUUGUGGCUUUGAUACACAAACACAAGAUUUUUUGUGCUUGUGUGGUAAGGCAAAUUCCACUACUCAUUGCAAAGACCACAAUGGUGACCACAGCAGACCUGCAGUGGUGGCAGGGGCGGUGAGUGCGGUGACCGUGACGGGAGCAUUUGUGGGGGCAGGUGUUUGGUACGUGCGAAAGCUUAGAUCAAAAGCACCAGUUACUCAUGGUGUUCAAUCCAAUGACAACAGACUUUUUUGAUCACCCUAAAUUAUGUUUUUUUUUUUUUUAAUUUUUUUUUCAAUU